AUGUGGCUGCUCAAAGUCGCUACGAUAGCGGCGGCGGUUGCAGCAGGGCUGCAAAUUGAGCCUCUUCAACUGGCAGAAGUGGAAUAUGCAAAGAGGCAACUGGGAGAUGCCACGUCCUUCAUCGCAGAAUUGCCAACAGGGCAGGCAGCAGAUCCGUCUCCAUCAACAUCAUCUGCUGCACCCACGACUCCCCCUCCGCCUCCACCUCCUCCGCCGCCACCGCCGCCUACCACAACAUCAACAACAUCGUCUAGCUCGCCGCCCCCUCCACCACCUCCGCCGACGACAACUUCACGGGCGACAUCUUCGGCCGUAAGAACAACUUCUUCGGCAGCCCCGCCUCCACCACCUCCACCACCGGCGUCAACAUCACCACCGCCUCCCCCGCCUACCGCUCCGACAACUUCAGCUCAGCCGUCAACUGUCCCGGCACCGGUAUUUACGCCAUCGAACCCUCCACCACAGUCAACCACGCAACCCCGAGCAUCAGCACCGCCGACUGCGCUUCCAGCUGUUACUACCAGUGCCGCACUGCAGCCGCAACCGGCCCAGGGAGGGGCUCAGAAUGGGCAGCCACCGCAGCAGAGACUCGUUGACCCAGCUGAGGGUGCAUUCAUCGGAGGUGUUCCGACGACUAACAUCGAUGUCCCCGUGACAUUUUUGUUUUUGCUCUUAUUCAGCGCCGGAGCGUACACGCACAUCAGGAUUUACAGAGCCAACGCGAAGCGGGGUCACAAAUUCCUGCUCUCAGAUCUCAUGUUCGACUUUUGCAUGGUCCGAAACGUCACUUGCAUCAUGAGAAUCAUCUGGGCUUUCGAGAAGGCUCGUGUAGUGAUUCUCAUUGCUUUGAUUGUGCAAUUCGGAGGAGUUGCGACUCUCUUCUUCAUUUUCUCGGUUCCGGCUGUCAUCUUCAACAACAGUACGGCACUGGGAGUCUCGUUCUAUCACAUUGAAGACCAGGACCGCGUCGACACUGCUCUCAACGUGCUCAAAGCUGGAGUAUCUUGGAUCAUGUUGCUUGCAAUCCUUCCUGUCGUUGCGGUUCUCUUUGCCGCCGUGAUUCCAGGACCUAAGCCCGAGAGGUUUGGUGUUGGGGACACUCAUCAGAAGAUUGCAGUUUUGCUAAUCGGCGCCAUCCUUCUCAUUGCGGGUCACGCUGUCCGUCUGACGUCUAUUCUGAACCCCGAGCCGCCCGAUUCGACGGAUAAACUUUUGAGUAAAGAGGUCUUCUACACCACGGGAUUCAUGUUGGAAAUCCUCGUCGUGGUUUUCUACGCUGUCAUCCGAAUCGACUUACUCUUCCAUGUUCCCAAUGGUUCAAGCCAGCCAGGUGACUACUCGAGGAAGCCCAAGCCAGGAGAAGACGACUACGAAGCUGCCCUUCUCACCAAGGAGGAGAUCGAGGACGAACUCGCGGCAAUGGGUCAUCCAUAUGAGAUUGUGGACUCAUCGGGUCUGGGUAGAGAUGGAUCUGGACGAACCAUUGUCGCAUUCAGUACCCGCCGCAUGAACGGCGAGAAGCCUGUUGUCUUGCCUCCUCGACCACAAGCAUACAGUCGUGUGCAGUCGAUCAGGGGCUCUGUCCGGUCUGUUCGUGGCUCGCUUAGGUCAGCCCGCGGCGGUAUCUCGCGAAUGAUGUCCGGUCGCAUGACUCCGGCUCCGUACCUGAAUCAGGUUGAUGUCGCACAACCGGCAUUCAACGAAAAUCCGUUCGGUAACGAUCAUCGGAGCCAGUAUGGUGUGGCGCAACCGCUUUUUAUCCAGUCCAGGUUUAGCAGAUAUACGGAUCCUGACGAUGAGAGAUCCGCCUUGCGUCCUGAAAGUCAGGCAACAUCUGGCGAAAUCCCCUUGACGUUUGACCGGGAUGGUCUCGGAUUCGAAGAAGGACGGUCGAGAGUAGCGCGGCGGUCUUCGAUACAAAAGUUUACAGCGAUGGAAAGGGAAGGCGGUCCUUUGAAAUAG